AUGGCGUUCCGGCCGAUAUGGAAUCGAAUCAAACGUGAUCAUCAACAUGCUGGCAGGUUCGGUUACCGUCUAUUCGCUUUCGCAACAUGGAUUCCUGUGGUUUCUAUGUUCAACCACUAUAUUGGAGAACUAGCUUGGAUCAACGGGCCGUCAAUGUAUCCUUUUUUUAAUGCGGAAAAGGACCAGACGACUCGAAAUGAUGUGGUAGUCAAGUAUAAGUUGAAUGCGCAGUAUGGGCUGCGGCGAGGCAUGAUUGUUAUUUUCUGGAACCCCUAUGAUCCAGAGGUAGAGGCUGUUAAGAGGAUUGUCGGGCUUGAAGGCGAUAUUAUAAAAACGCGAAGUCCGUAUCCCUCUCCUACAGUCCGCGUGCCAAUGGGACAUGUCUGGGUUGAGGGUGACGGAGGUGAGCGCUUGAGCAGGGACAGCAACGAUUAUGGACCAAUUUCGACGAAUCUUAUAACUGGCAAGGUCACCCACAUCGUGUGGCCUCUACAUAGAUUCGGUAGAGUGCAGUGGUGGGAAUAUGCAGGAAAUAUUAGGAACUAA